CAUGUUUCUAGCCUGCCAUUUUCACCAACUUCUCUGUCCAUGCAUUAUUAAUCGAAAACAACGAAUUUAAUUUGGGUUUUUUUGUUUGGUUUUUGUGAAUUUGUGAUUUCAUUCACUUUUUGAAGAAGAAAGAAUGAUGUCGGGAUCGGUGAUGCCUAAUUUGGAGAGGAAAUCAUCCAUCGAAAAUGAACCUCGCACGCUUAACCUCAGCCAAAUCCAAAUUGCAAGAGAGGCGGCGCUUUAUGUGGUGAGCACAAGAAGCAUGGAAGAAGCUCUUCGGAUUUUUACAGCGGGAUGGAGUAGGUUAUUGUUGAAUGUUGUCAUUGACAGUGAUGAUGGGCCCUUGUUUUAAGAAGCAUAUAUAGGUUCACAAGGUGUAAGCUAAAUAUACGGGGUCUAAAGCCAGUCAUCAACUCGGCGAGGGAUAGCGAGGAGGAGGAGGAGAACAAAAACAUGGUAUAUGAUUUCGAAGGUUUUGAGAAUUCAGAGAGCCGGAUCAGGGAUAUCGUGUCCGCGCCGUUUUAGUUGGUUCUUCUUCUGGUCAUGACUCUCCGGAGAACCUGUAUGAGCCAUUGCUGUAUAUCUUGUGUACAUAGUUUUUCUUUUUUAUUCUCACGUUUGCCUUUUAAAAAAAUUGAAAUUUUCGGAGUUCGGGAGGUUCAAAUGAGGCUCUUGAACUUUGACAAGAUGAUGUACCUGCUGCUGCUUCUUUCGUAGGAACUAAAUAAUGCACAGUUUCUCAGAGCAAGUUUGUACCUUAAUUGGCAAUCAAUAGAAAGAAGAAUUGAUAUCACUUUCGUUCCUCGUCUGUCUUAGUAGCUGAAACUAGCUUCUCUUUGAUAGUGGUCGUAGAAAGCAAGCUUAGCAUAUAUUGAAAUUAGUCCGACCGGCUCUUCACAUAAUCUCUCAAUCUAGGUUCUGUCAAUGAGGCUGUAAUAAUCCCUCUUAAGUCGGUAUCUAACAAAUUACGUAUUUUAAAUAUUAAUCACCUUAAUUCCAAGCAAAUUACCCAAGUUUCGCUGGAAAUACUAGGCGGAAAAAAUAGUGGUUCCCGUAGAAGAAUUUUUGGCUUUUACAGGGGAAGAUAUCCUGUUCUUUUUCUUCCUUCUGGCUUUGUUUGACAAAAAUGUCGCAUUACCUUUAAUUAAAGGUCCAGAAACAUGAUUGUUUAUCUGGAUGUUCACUUUAAGUACUCCUCCGUCU